UUUGUCGCUGGCUGGUGUCUCAAGAAGAAGCAAAAGAAAAGCAGAGCACUAGUAAAACGGCUUAUGCCUCAAGUAAAAAGCUUGUUAGAAACUGUUUCAUACUGGAACAGCAAGCCCGAGAAACAAAAUGUCAGCAACUGA